GUCCCCUUUGCCUGGCGGGCGCAACUUCCGGCGAGCGAGUGACGGGUGCGGCCAGGCCAGCAGCUGCUGCGGCGGCAAGCUGCGGCCUGAGGUGACGCCGGCAGGCCUGAGGCGACAGCAGCCUGCGAACCCGGGCAACCGGAGCGAGCCGCGCUGGCGGCCGCAGUGGCCGCCGCGAUGAUGGAGAUCCAGAUGGACGAGAACGGCGGUGUGGUGGUGUAUCAGGAUGACUAUUGCUCGGGCUCAGUGAUGUCGGAGCGCGUGUCGGGCCUGGCGGGCUCUAUCUACCGCGAGUUCGAGCGCCUCAUCCACUGCUACGAUGAGGAGGUGGUCAAGGAACUCAUGCCCCUGGUGGUGAAUGUGCUGGAGAACCUGGACUCAGUGCUGAGUGAGAACCAGGAGCACGAGGUGGAGCUGGAGCUGCUGCGCGAGGACAACGAGCAGCUGCUCACGCAGUACGAGCGAGAGAAGGCGCUGCGCAAGCAGGCGGAGGAGAAAUUCAUUGAGUUUGAAGAUGCCUUGGAACAAGAGAAGAAAGAACUCCAAAUCCAGGUGGAACACUAUGAGUUUCAGACACGCCAACUGGAACUGAAGGCCAAGAACUAUGCGGAUCAGAUCUCCCGGUUGGAGGAGCGGGAAUCAGAGAUGAAGAAGGAAUACAACGCCCUCCACCAGCGGCACACAGAGAUGAUUCAGACCUAUGUGGAACACAUCGAGAGGUCCAAGAUGCAGCAGGUUGGGGGAACCAGCCAGACGGAGAGCAGUCUGCCAGGGCGGAGUCCUCGCCAGUCAUGGAGGAAAAGCAGGAAAGAGCGCCCUACCUCUCUGAAUGUCUUUCCCCUGGCUGACGGCAUGGUACGUGCACAGAUGGGGGGCAAGCUCAUGCCUGCGGGAGACCACUGGCACCUGAAUGACCUCGGCCAGCUGCAGUCCAGCUCCAGCUACCAGUGUCCACACGAUGAGAUGUCCGAGUCAGGUCAGUCCUCAGCAGCUGCCACACCCAGCACUACGGGCACCAAGUCCAACACACCCACAUCCUCUGUGCCCUCGGCUGCAGUCACACCACUCAACGAGAGCCUACAGCCCUUGGGGGAUUAUGGUAGUGGCACAAAGAACAGCAAGCGGGCCCGGGAGAAGCGCAACAGCCGCAAUAUGGAGGUCCAGGUCACCCAGGAGGUGCGGAAUGUCAGCAUAGGCAUGGGUAGCAGUGAUGAGUGGUCUGAUGUUCAGGACAUUAUCGACUCUACCCCGGAGCUGGAUAUGUGCCCAGAGACACGCCUGGACCGCACAGGAAACAGCCCAACCCAGGGGAUUGUCAACAAAGCUUUUGGCAUCAAUACUGACUCCCUAUACCAUGAGCUGUCAACAGCUGGCUCUGAAGUCAUCGGGGAUGUGGAUGAAGGGGCUGACCUCCUAGGGGAGUUCUCAGGAAUGGGCAAAGAAGUGGGGAACCUGCUGCUGGAGAACUCGCAGCUUCUAGAAACCAAAAAUGCUUUGAAUGUGGUGAAGAAUGACCUUAUUGCAAAGGUUGACCAGCUGUCAGGAGAACAGGAGGUGCUGAAGGGGGAACUGGAAGCAGCCAAGCAGGCCAAGGUCAAACUGGAGAACCGAAUCAAAGAGCUGGAAGAAGAGCUAAAAAGAGUGAAGUCUGAGGCUGUCGUUGCUCGCCGCGAGCCCAGAGAAGAGGUGGAGGAUGUAAGCAGCUAUCUCUGUACAGAAUUGGACAAAAUCCCUAUGGCCCAGCGCCGCCGCUUUACAAGGGUAGAGAUGGCGCGUGUGCUCAUGGAGCGUAACCAAUACAAGGAACGGUUGAUGGAGCUACAGGAGGCCGUGAGGUGGACCGAGAUGAUUAGAGCAUCCCGAGAGCACCCAUCUGUCCAGGAGAAAAAGAAGUCCACCAUCUGGCAGUUCUUCAGCCGCCUCUUCAGCUCCUCCUCCAGCCCUCCUCCAGCCAAACGGUCCUACCCCUCAGUGAACAUCCACUACAAGUCACCCACCGCUGCCAGCUUCAGCCAGCGCCGCAGCCAUGCCCUGUGCCAGAUCUCAGCAGGCAGCCGGCCCUUGGAGUUCUUCCCUGAUGAUGACUGUACAUCUUCUGCCCGGAGGGAGCAGAAGCGAGAGCAGUACCGCCAGGUGCGCGAACAUGUACGCAACGAUGAUGGGAGGUUGCAGGCCUGUGGUUGGAGCCUGCCCGCCAAGUAUAAGCAGCUGAGUCCAAAUGGGGGCCAGGAAGACACACGGAUGAAAAACGUGCCUGUGCCUGUAUACUGCCGCCCUCUGGUAGAGAAGGACCCUACCAUGAAGCUGUGGUGUGCUGCUGGUGUCAAUCUGAGUGGAUGGAAGCCAAGUGAGGAGGAUUCUGGAAAUGGAAUCAAGCCUAUACCAGGCCGUGACCCUCUGACUUGUGACCGAGAAGUAGAAGAUGAACCCAAGAGCAACCACACGUCUCCAGAAAGGAAGAAGGCAAAGGAGCUACCUGAGACAGAUGCCACCUCUAGCCGAGUUUGGAUCCUCACCAGCACCCUGACCACCAGCAAGGUGGUGAUUAUCGAUGCCAACCAGCCAGGCACCGUUGUGGACCAGUUCACAGUCUGCAAUGCCCAUGUCCUGUGUAUUUCCAGCAUUCCUGCGGCCAGCGACAGUGACUACCCCCCAGGGGAGAUGUUCCUAGACAGUGACAUGAACCCUGAGGACUCCAGCACUGAUGGUGUGUUGGCUGGUAUUACACUGGUGGGCUGUGCCACUCGCUGCAAUGUGCCACGUAGCAACUGCUCCUCUAGAGGGGACACCCCAGUACUGGACAAGGGACAAGGAGAGAUGGCUGCCGCUGCCAAUGGGAAGGUGAACCCAUCCCAGUCCACAGAGGAAGCCACAGAAGCUACAGAGGUGCCAGACUCUGGGUCCAGCGAGCCAGUAGCAGCUGCAGUGCGGCCUGGGCCCCUCACAGAACAUGUCUUCACAGACCCUGCUCCUGCCCCACCCUCUAGUACUCAACCUGGCAGUGAGAAUGGGCCAGAAGUCGGUGGCAACAGUGUACAGCCCCAGCCGGAGCCCGCUGGAGACCCAUCAGCACCAAGUAGCAGUGCUGCGCCUACCAUGUGGCUAGGAGCCCAGAAUGGCUGGCUGUAUGUGCACUCAGCUGUGAACAACUGGAAGAAGUGUCUGCACUCCAUCAAGCUGAAGGAUUCUGUGCUGAGCCUUGUGCAUGUCAAAGGCCGUGUGCUGGUGGCUCUUGCAGAUGGGACUCUGGCCAUCUUCCACCGUGGUGAGGAUGGCCAAUGGGACCUAAGCAAUUACCACCUGAUGGACCUGGGCCACCCACACCACUCCAUCCGCUGCAUGGCUGUUGUGUAUGACCGCGUCUGGUGUGGCUACAAGAACAAAGUGCACGUCAUCCAGCCCAAGACAAUGCAGAUUGAGAAGUCAUUUGAUGCCCAUCCAAGGCGGGAGAGCCAGGUUCGGCAGCUGGCAUGGAUUGGUGAUGGGGUGUGGGUGUCUAUCCGCUUGGACUCUACUCUCCGGCUCUACCAUGCCCACACCCAUCAGCACCUGCAGGAUGUGGACAUUGAGCCUUACGUCAGCAAGAUGCUGGGCACUGGCAAGCUGGGCUUCUCCUUUGUGCGCAUCACAGCUUUGCUCAUCGCAGGCAACCGCCUCUGGGUGGGCACUGGCAAUGGGGUUGUUAUCUCCAUCCCGCUGACUGAGACUGUGGUUCUGCAUCGAGGCCAGCUCCUAGGGCUCCGGGCCAAUAAGACAUCUCCCACAUCUGGGGAGGGCACCCGCCCUGGGGGCGUCAUCCACGUAUACGGGGAUGACAGCAGUGACAAAUCAGCCAGCAGCUUCAUCCCUUACUGCUCCAUGGCUCAGGCCCAGCUCUGCUUCCAUGGGCACCGUGAUGCUGUCAAAUUCUUUGUCUCAGUGCCAGGGAAUGUGCUGGCCACCCUCAAUGGCAGUGUGCUAGACAGCCCAUCUGAGGGUCCUGGGCCUGCUGCACCUGCUGUGGACACUGAGGGCCAGAAGCUGAAGAAUGCACUAGUGCUGAGUGGUGGUGAAGGCUACAUUGACUUCCGCAUUGGGGACGGAGAGGACGAUGAGACAGAGGAAGGUACAGGAGACAUCAGCCAGGUGAAGCCCGUGCUAUCCAAGGCGGAGCGCAGUCACAUCAUCGUGUGGCAGGUGUCCUACACCCCAGAGUGAGGCCACUGCCCCAACUCCCUACCCUGCCUGAUGCCAAUGUGUACAUAGGAUCCCUGCCUGCCUGCCCUUUGUCUCCUCCCCUGGGGCAGCCAGGAACCUGACCACCCCCUUCUAACCUCUCAACUUGCAGCUUUGACCUGAAGUCCAGCCCCCUCCCCCCAGCUGGCAGGGAGAGGGGUGAUACAGGUAACAGGGAGGGAAGCAGGGAGCAGGCUGCAUCCCCAGCAGAGAGGGGAGAAUCUCUGGGAACACCUUCUCAAUAGUACCUGGCUGGCACCCAGCCCAGUGUCAUCUAGUCUUAAAGGGUAAGGGUAAGGCUGAGGUGGCUGUGGCCCACUAUGGGCUUGCCACUCGUAGGACCCCCAUGGCAGGACCAGAGGCUUUGAGCCACCAAGUCUUCCUGUCCUGAGUUGACCUGCUUUGCAUGUUACCCAUGAAAGUGGGGUCCCUUGGCCUCCAAGCUCUUACUCUUAAGAGGAGGCUCAGGCUGCCUGGACCCUAGCCAGCCUUCUAUGGGUAUUCCCUGUCCACAAACAUCCAGUCCCUCAGCCCAGUCCAGGCUCCCUAGGGCAGCUUCUUCAGAAGACAAACCAGGUGCCAUCCAGCCCAGCCCUUGCUGACUUGUGUCCUUCCAGGCUCUCCUUGGGCCCAGGCUCACCUCCUAAGAACAAGAUCUUAAGAGUCACACCCCUCCCUGAGGCCCCUAGGGUAGAAUUUCGCGGCCUACCAGGUCUCUGGUUUCUUCUGGGGGAUGAGGAUUGAUCCAAACCAGGCAUGGUGGUGCACACCUGUGAUCCUAGCACUUGGGAGGCUGAGGCAGGAAGAUUGUAAGUUCAAGAUGUCUGGGCUACAGACUGAGCUCAAGGCCAUCCUGAAUGACAUAGCCAGGCCAGCCUGUCUCAAAAAAAAAAAAAAGUUGGUCCAUAGGCCUCUCUUUUGCGAUAAAAUAGGGUGGGGAAGGGGGUUGUUCCAGAGUGCAGGCUCCAGCCUCAGGUUGAUGGGGGUGGUGUGCUCUUGGAGUCUGUCUGCUGCACAGGGCUCCAAGGAGCCCAGCUCCCAGACACGAACUAAGUGCCUAGGGUUGCCCGCUGUGGCCUGCUCCCAUGAAGAGCAAAUGGUGAGGGGCUGCCCAGCAGAGGACAAAGACAGGGCUACUGCACCAGGCCCUGGGCUGCCCUCCUUACCCACCUUCCCCGCCCAGGCCUUACUCCAACUCCAAGGCACUGAUAGGGCAGCAUGGCCCCUGCUGCCCAUCACCCCCUAGAGAAGCACAGAUCUUAGGGUGUUAUGCCAUGAGCCCAGCUGGCCACCAUAGGCUGCAGUUAUGUGCAGCUGCAGGCUUCUCCCCACUACCCACCCUGCCACCUCUCCACUGUGAUGUAUGUCCCUGUCUGUCCCCACAGGAGCUGAAAGUGACGGGUUUAGAGGGUGGGUGGAGCUGGAAAAAGGGGCCGGUGCAAUUUUCCUCAGGCUUUAUUUGGUCCUGCUAGUGAACCCACAUAUCUGCUCUGUAUGUAAUAAACGUCUUGACACCA